UUGUCAAAAGUACAUACUGCAUGGUUCAGAUAUAGGAUCAAGUGAAGGGCAAUAUCAGCUCUUUGUAACGCCGAUUAUGGCGUGCUGUAUGAAGCGUGUUUCGGUGGUGAUAUGCCUUUGUAUGUUAAUAAUAUUGUUGAAAUCAGGUUCUUGUGCUGAAACUCACAGUAGCAAGGAGUCGAAAGAAGACUCGAAAGAACGCAAGCCCGACAUCAGUGGACACAUUCAUGGGGAAGAGAGGAAGUCCAAGCCCGAUGAUGUUGGAGGUGGAGGUACUGUUGACAGGUUCAAGAAACAGGCUAAGAAAUGGGGCAUUGACCUGGAUGUUGGCUUCAUGCAUGCCUUUAUUGCCUCCCUGGCAGUCAUCAUUGUGUCUGAACUGGGAGACAAAACUUUCUUUAUUGCGGCAAUCAUGGCCAUGCGACACUCCAGAGUGACGGUGUUUACAGGAGCCUUGGGGGCGUUGGCCCUCAUGACAGUCUUGUCAGCUCUGAUGGGUUACGCCACAUCAAUCAUCCCCAGAAAGCUCACCUUUUAUAUAUCAUCGUUAUUAUUUGCUGUCUUUGGAAUCAAAAUGCUCAGAGAAGGCUACAACAUGUCCCCGGAUGAGGGUCAAGAGGAGUAUGAGGAAGUACAGGCUGAUCUGAAGAAAAGAGAGGACGAGAUUGUGAAAGCCAAUAUGGGCACACAGGAUGUUGAGACAGGGAUUAUCCGCACGCCGAGUCGGCGAUGGUUCCGAGGCUUUAUCUCCACGAUCUUCCUACAGGCCUUCACCUUGACAUUCCUGGCUGAGUGGGGAGAUCGCUCUCAGAUUGCCACCAUCAUCCUGGCGGCCAGAGCAGAGACUGAGGACAUUAUAGGUGUAAUCAUAGGUGGAACACUAGGCCACGCCCUCUGUACAGGGCUGGCUGUGCUGGGGGGCAGGUUUAUAGCACAAAGGAUAUCUGUAAAAACAGUUACAUUGAUAGGUGGAUCCGUAUUUAUUCUGUUCGCAUUAUCAGCGUUUGUGAUUGGUCCUUGAUGACUGCUUGCUGAUUGGAGGAAAGCAGCCUGGCUUGUCUCACCUUCAACAUUCCCACAAUUCCAUUGUUCACCUUGUCUUGUCCUUGCCAUUAUCCGUCUCUUUACCUUACACCAGCACACAGUUUUAUCCCUUGAGCUGCCUAGAACGAAAUAAUACUGAUUUUCCGUGGUGCUCUGAUAGGUUUUUAUGUGUGAUUCACACAUUGUCAGUUAAUAUGUGUACAGAGAGGAGUUAUUGAGCAGCCUUUCUUUGGUUUCCAUGGCUUGUUUUAACACAUUUUAAGGUCCUUUUUUUAAAUUAUUAAACUGAUGAUUUUUUUUAUAAAAACUUUGAGCCAACCCAGUAAAUUUCAUCUCAUUUCAUUAUAUUUAAUUAGGUUACCUUAAGUUUAUGAUUCACAUUUAGUGCCAGCAUAUUAAAGAAACAGUUAGUCUGUGAUUUGACAAGGUGUCCAGUUUGGUGUACAGUGUGACUGGGUAAGAUAUCCACUGUGGUGUCGUUAAUGUGAUACUUCAGUCAGACAGGACAUUACAGUAUUACAUUAUUAUCAUGAUGUUACCAGGAGACACUGCUGGCUACUAUACAGAAAAUAUACCUGUAUGUUGAAGGUGAUCUUGAGUCUACAACAAAUAUAGAGUCAAAGUACUACAGGCUAUGAAAGAUUCCCCUUUUACCCUGUAAUUUACCGGUUCAUGGGGUCUAUUCCCCUAUGUGCGUGUUGAGUCGGUCAUCUGGUUGAAUGUGUGAAGUUUAUCACAAAAUGUUUAUUUAUUAAAAAAUACCAAUGCUUGUUAUUUUCUUGAAUGGAAGCACAUUGCUACAUUUAUUGACUCCCAUGUCAUAACCUUUCAUUACACAUGCUUGCCUGAAUCUCUGUGUAUGUAUUAAACUGUGUUUUCUUUAAUUGGUGUUGAUAAAAAUUUGCUUUUUAAGAGAAAAACACAGACAAUUGAAUUCCAGUUGUUGGCUGAUGGAUAACUGUAAACAAUAAAAAAAUAAUUCUUUUUCUUUUGAAAUAUGGUAUUGUAUCUGAAAAUUAAGCCAAAUCAAAUCAUUUAAAACUUUUGUUUAUUUUUAUGCAUUCAGUAUUAUUAAAUAAGUUUUCUGGUGAUUUGUUGUAAGGCUUAUUGAAGUGAUAUGAGCUGCUGUUAGGCUUUCCAGUUUGACUUACACUUGAGUCUUGUCUACCUUUACCAGACCUAAAUACUAAUGUGCUAAUUUUGUUUACCUAAGUAUCAGACGUUUGAACCUACAAUCAGUUUGAUACAGUAUAGAAACUUGCUGGUACAUUUUGCAUUAUAUUAGAAGUUAGUGCUUAAAUUUUAUAUCAUGUUAGUGCUUUUUUAUGUUGAAUAAUGUUCUGAGAAUUUGGUCAUUUCAUCCAGUGCGCUAGGCUUUUCCAGUUCAGGUGUUUAUUUUCCUGGUGUUAUGAGCGGUGUCCACUUUCACAAAACUUCCAUGUGCAUCAUGUGGCUCUAUGAUGCUAUUAACUGCACUGUAAACAUUAUUUACAAAAGAAAGCAAGAAAAAGUUCUGUUGACAAAGUUUUGUAAAAGUUGUUCCAGUUCUUGAUGUUACAGAACUAAAUUUAGACCUGGGUUCAAAAUGAUGGUUCAAGGAUGUCUAAAUAUGUAUGCAUAAAACCGAAUUUAUACCUUUGAACUGGUAGUGAUAUCUCGCUGGGAUGAGAUCAGAAAAUGAAAAUAAAAUGAAUAUGAUGUGUUGAACAUUUUAUGAAGUCACAACUCAUUGUAAAUCCAGGCUUUCUUUAAAGCAUUAAAAUCCUUGCAAUCUUUGACAAUACUCAAAACUGUACUGAAAGCAUAGAGUCUAUUGAUGAAGGCAGACAUGGUCGCCUGGGUAUCUUUUUAAAUAGCUUGAUGUGGGUUACAUAACACCAUGCAACUGUAACAAACAUCAUGAACUUAAAGAAAAUGUAUUAUUGUUUUUAAUAUGUCGUGCUAAUAUCAUUAAUUCAUAUAUCCAGAUUGUUGACAUUUUCUACUGCAUUGAAUGUCUAGGCUGCCUAGAUAAACUCUAAGUCAUGUGCACGUGAAUGAAAUGUGAAACCUGAGUAAUAUUAUGUACACACGUUACGAUAUUACCGAGUUAGUCUAGGAUAACGCCUAAAUAUGCAACAUUUUCCGACUGUCAGAACUCCUGUUAGCAUGUGGGUUAUGUGGAUAUGGGUGAAAUUUUAUGUGGAUAUUUGUGAAAUUUUGCUCAUUAAAUGGGCUCAUUAGACAUGUGCUUGUACAGGUUUGAGAAGCGCGGAUCAUAUAGUAGUCGUUGCUUGGUAAUGUUAUCUGUAAUGUUAUCACUAGAUGUGUGUGGACAUGAUGGGCG